CUAAUUAAUUACCAAUGCAUUUUCCCUUCAUAAAGUCGAUCGUGCUUACAAUUAAUAGCCUCUUCAUUGGGCUUUGGUCGUCCUAGUUUCGAAAUGUUAAUUGUAGGAAAAAGCCCAACCCAUAACCAUACCCUCUACAGUCCAAAACUAGCCAGGCCGCACAAAGAUAGAAAGCCCAUCACCUUAACACCAUUACCACCAAUUAACGGUCACCCACAAACUGGCUUACAAUCAUAUUUCACAUCACAUCAAAAGCCCACAAAAAGCCCAAUCAAUCAAGUCUCACGCGUGAGAUGCAGAUAUUUUCAUCGGCAUGUCCCGAAGGAACCAAAAUGAAGAUAAGAACUCGAUUUCCAUUCAUCCAUUUUUGAAUUCUUAUUUGUAGCCCUAAGUUUUUGAAUUUAUAGCCCUAAACUUACAUACAUGGAAUAUUUUACCCCUCAUUUAACCUAAACCCUAAAUUCACCCACCCAACCCUUCCCUGCCGUUCCCUUACCCUGUUCUCCCCCAAAUCAACAAAACACAACCCAGACCCGCCGCCGCCCUAAACUACCACUAAGACCCGCCGCCCAGAGCUCUCCGCCGCCGGAUUCAGCAACGUGAUCCCGAUUUCCCGGCUGGUCAUCACGAUCACCGAUUUCUCAUCCCCAACCUAAGAAGCAAACGCCGCCGCUGGCUCUCGCUAUCCCACCAAUUACAAAAACCCCAAAAAUCCAAGGAAAGGUUACAGCGAAGAAAACGUCUCCCUCCGCCCAGAGCUCUCCGCCGCCCUAAACUAUCGCCGUCAACCAAACUCACCUCCCUCCGCAUGUGACUGUCGCCGAGGAGAAGCCUCCAACCCGCUGCCGCCACCAAGACCCGCUGCCGCAACCCUUCUCUUUUCAACCCGCCGCCGCCACCGCAGACCUGCUGCCGCAACCCUUCUCUUUUCAACCCACUGCCGCAACGCUGCUCAGACCCGCCGGAGGUAAAUCUCUCUCCCUCCCUUCUCUUUUGGUUGAGUUGCUAGAGGCGUUCGAUUUGGCCGGGGUAGACGCAGCCAGGGCGUUCGAUUUGGCCGGGGUAGACGCAGGCAGGGCACCCGCGCGGAUCCGGCGGAGCCAGGUAGCUCACCUGCCCCGACCCUAGUCCUACCCGGUCUCCGACCCGCCCUGACCCUGGUCCGACCUGUUUUCCGACCCGCCCUGACCCAGGUCCGACCUAUUUUCCGACCCGCCCUGACCCUGGUCCGACCCAUUUUCUGACCCGACCGACCCGUUUUUUAUUAUUUUUUUUCAAUUAAAAUGAAAAUGUUCAUUUUAAUUAAUAAUAUAUAAAUUUGAAUGGUAAAUUAUAAUCAAUAUAUGUUAAUCAUGGGCUGCUUCUAGGAUAUGGAAAUUGAGAACAAGGGAGAUAGGGAAGGGUUAAUCUUUGCGUUUGCUUUGCUUUGUCAGACUUGAAAUUGAGAACAAGGGAGACAGGGAAGGGUUUAGGGGAAGGAAGGAGAUCAGAGGAAAAUGGAAACCGGAUAAAUAUGUUGCAGGGCGACCAAAUUUUGUUAUAUUUCUGCUUAUUUCACUUAGAAUUAUAGGUUUGUGGUUAGUUGGUUAUUGGAGAAUUUGAAUAUCGCUUAGGCUCAUUGUUUGUUUGGAUAUUAUCCAAUGUCUUAGUUGGCCAUCUCAGUAGCCCGGUGAAAGUAAUCAAAUUUUAUUUUCUUGAUAGCAGGCAAAAAUGAGCGAAAGAAGGGGCAAGGAAAAAUCGAGGGUUCUCGGACGCAACGUUACAGUAUCUGAGCGGAAAAAACGCCAAGAGGAGUCAGAUAGACUUCGUGAGGAGGAGCGCCAGGAGAAGAUUUCGCGUCGUCAAGCUGCAGUGGUUCCUCCCCCUCAUAGCCAUGUUUCCCAGCCGCUACCAGGCAUCAACACAUAUGAUGACAUGGUGGAGGAUGACGAUAGCAGUGAUGAUGAGUGUGAUGUGGAGGGUGAUGAUGAGUUGUCUUUUCAUGAGUUGCUUUUCGACGGUCAUCCCGGAGGUUCGAGUGAUCAUGUGUCUACUGGCUCGACCCAUGGCAGUACUGUUGUUGGGCCGCUACGCGGCAAGGAUGGGCGUUUUGCUUCGUCCUCUGAUGGGAGCAAGCCUUCACGGAAGAAACCGAGGGACGAGACGUGGCUGCUUACAAAAGAAGCUCCAGGAGGCCCUAGGGAUAUCAGUUUGAUCCCUAGUUUCGGUGGUCACAUAGCUCAUCGCUUGUGGACAUCGAGUUUGGAUUCUCGGAAGAUGUCUGUUUUCCAGUUCUACGCUCGACAGGGUGGAGUGGAUCGACUGAGGACGUACGAGUUUGGGACCCCAGGUGCACAGGCCUUGGUUACAGCAUCAGGUUUGGACCACUUGAGUAGAUGCAUGAUGCAUAAUGUGGAUUACCCACUUUUGGAGGCGUUCAUUGAGAGGUGGCAGCCGGAUACUAACACAUUUCACAUGCCGUUUGGGGAGAUGACGAUCACUCUGCACGAUGUUGCGUUCCUCCUCAAGAUUCGAGUGGAUGGUGAGCUACUUGCUGCACCGGCUAGGGGUGAUCCGUCGUUCGUGAGUGGGAUUGUUGCUCUUCUUGGUAUUUCUGAUAAGAAUGAAAUGGCAGUGCCAUCGCGUGGCCUCCGUUGGUACGAGGGUGGUGGGAUGUUGGUAGAUGAGGCCAUGGCACGUGUAAGUGCUUCGAGUGAUGAGAGUGUAGAGGCACGGUGUUACUUACUGUGUUUGAUCGGGUCCACGCUUUUUGUGGACAAGAGUUAUGAUCGUGUUCGUGGAUGGUUAUACUCUUACUUCAGAGAUUUGGCCAUGGUUGGUAAGUAUGCAUGGGGUGCUGGUGCGCUUGCUUGGAUGUAUAGGCAGCUUGGGAGAUCUAGUCGAGCAGGUUCUGGGGGAUUUUCUGGGUGUUUGACUUUGCUACAGGCUUGGAUUUACGAGUAUUUUCCAUCGCUGCGCAUCAACAGACGUGCACCGGAGCCCAUGACAGAGGGAGGCCCGUUUGCUAGAAGGUGGGAGGGCCCUAUUCGUGGAGGGGAUUUACAGCGAAAAUUGGAUCAUUAUCGUCGGCUGUUGGACGGAUUUACAGCGGCCCACGUGGAUUGUGCUCAUAUUGUCCUCCAAGGAUGGCAUACAAUUCCUGCUCCUGUUGGUAUAACUCAUCCCAAUGCGGAAUUGUGCUCAUAUUCCGAAAAUGAGUCCAUUGUGGACUAAAAUAUGGCAUUGGUGUCACCCCAUCUACAUUGUCGAGAACUAGUCGGACCCAAUGAGCCCCAGUAAAGACCAUUGGCAGAA